AUGUAUCUUCCAAGGAGGGAUUUAGGAACAGGCGGUUCAGUUCUUGGUAGCCUUCCCGAUGGAAGAGUUAUCGAGGCCUCUUCGUCCCCCUCUAGCAUAGGAUGGGGAACGGGAACCAUUAUUGCUGUCGCUUUCUCAGUGGCCGCCUUCAUCAUCUUGUCCAUCGGAUUCUGUUUCCUCGUGAGGAAAACUCGGCCUUUCCCUUUGCGAUUCCAGUCUUCCGCGACAGAAAAGGUUCUCUGGUCUCCCAUUACCUCGCUCGAUCCGACUCCUCUUCCCAGCCCCACUCGCUCUAUGAUCUGGUCCGAGAAGCGCGACAGCAGUAGGCGCAACACAGCGUACGUCGAGGACGCAGACAGCUCUUUCAGCGCCACCAAGAUGGACAUUGUCGAGAAUGGGAAACACAUCGUCAUCGAAUUCGAUCAAGUCGGAGGCCGGUCGGCGGCCAUGCAGACUCCUUCACCCCGAGAUAGCCAGGUCCUCGACUCCACGCCCAACGAGCUGUUGGAGGUGCCCCAAGUUGACGACGAAGAUGUCGUUAGCAAGGAGUCGGAAUAUUCGCAACCUUCACCUCCUAAUUGUAUCUCUCCUCUCCCUUUGAGCCCGAGAUUGGCGAGGCUUCCGUCUGUGAAGUACCUUCCAUCGGCUCGAGUUUCCCAAGUUAUCAGGCCAAGUCCCGUUGACGCCAAUACUACCUGGGGCUGUCGCGUUCACAUCUGCGAUACCCCCGUGCAAGAGGGCACCGAUACAGGGGACUUCGGAUUCGUCAGCUCAAAUCCCAAGGAAGAAAGCCCACUCAGCAUCAGUGUCGAAGCCGCAUCCAUCCUCGAGAAACGCAUGACUCUCGCCGAAAGGCGCAGUGGGCUCUUCCUCCCCAACGAGUUUCCUCAUCUAUUCGCGGAUCGUGCUAGGCGUGCGAGUUCUCUUCGGAACUCUGCUCUCGUACGACCUGUCUGA